AUGAAUAAUUAUGAAAAGAAGUCCAAUGCGCUUGAUAAGAAAAAUUCAAGAAAUGAAUUUUGUGAAGCGUAUAAGACUGUUGAAAAGAUGCAAAUAAAUCAUUAUACAGUAGAAAAUAAUAUUAGCACAAAUGAAGGAAUGAAUAUUCCUUAUAAUGAUAUGUAUAAAGAAGAGAAUGUAAUUAAUCAAAAGGACUAUACAACAACUUGUAAUAAUUUAAUAUAUAAUGAGAGUGAUGAGUUAAAUGGUUGUAAUAAAAUUGUUGAACAUAAUAAUAACGAAUUGAAAUGUUUGAAUAGAAAUAAAAAUAAUGAAGCUUUAAUAAUAUCCCAGAGUAGUACAAAAUAUCUGGAAAAUUAUUUUUCAUCAUAUAAUAAUAAUAAUAAUAUACAUAAUCAUAAUAAUAUACAUAAUAUACAUAAUCAUAAUAAUAUACAUAAUAUACAUAACCAUAAUAAUCAUAAUAUUCAUAAUAUUCAUAAUAAUCCUUUCUGCUGUAAGCAUAACCAUAUGGGUUGUAUGAAUAACCACAUAAAAUGUAUUAAUAACCAGAUCGGUUGUUUUAAUCAUCAUAUUGGUUGUCCUAAUAACCAUGGGGAUUGUAAUAAUAAACAUAUAUGUUAUUAUAAUAUACAUGAUUGUAAUAACAAUAUUUUAAAAUCUGAAGAUAAGGAGGAAAAACAAAAUCUAUGUCAGACCUUUAAACAGAAUUAUGCAAAUAAUCAAACAAUGUUACUAAGUACGCCACAUAGUGAAGGCAUUGUAGAUAAUAUACAUAAGCAAAAUGAUUCAGAAAUAAAAAAUGAAAAAAAUCUUGAUCAUAAUAUAAAUUUGCAAGGAAACAAUUAUACAAAAAAUAAUAUGACGCAUGAACAAGAUUAUAUAUAUAAGGAAGAUAUUUCUAAGAAUUAUAAUAUAGUACAAAACAUUACAAAUUCUUUUCCAAGUAUGAUAAAUAAAAAGGAAACGGAUAAGGGAAAUGUGAAUAAUAAUAAGAAUAAAGAUAAAAAUGAACAAAAUAAUGAGAAAGAAAAUAAUAAUGAGAAUGAACAUAGUAAUGUGAAUGGACAUAAUAAUGUGAAUGAACAUAGUAAUGUGAAUGAACAUAGUAAUGUGAAUGAACAUAGUAAUGUGAAUAAACAUAAUAAUACAAAUGUACAUAAUAAUGAAAACAUGUGGGGAUAUUUUAAUGAAGGAGCACUUUAUAAUUUUUCGUCAAUAUAUAAUGCAAAACAAAGAAGACCCUAUACAAAUUAUGGAAACCAUAUGAAACAUCAUCAAAAUAAAAUGAAUAAUGAUACGAACAACAGUUACUACAAUAACAACAAUUAUAAUAAUAAUAAUAAUAAUAUAGGGUUUAUUGAAAAGAACAAUAUUAAUAAGAAUAAUAGAAAUAAUAAAGUUAAUUUCGAUAGGGGGAGCAAACACAAUAUUAAUUUUAAUAACAAAAGGUUUAAUAAUUAUAAUAAUGAGAACAAGACUGAAUAUAAUCUUAAUUAUGAACAUAAGAAUAAAAAAAGUGUACAUAAAUAUAAUUAUAGUCACAAUAAUUACAAUAAUAAUUAUUACAAUAAUAAUAAUUACAAGAAAAAUAACUACGAUAAGCAUAGACUUAAUUAUAAUAAUAAUAACCAUAACAAUAAUAAUUUGAAUUAUUCUCAUGAACAAAAUGAAGAGAGCUAUACACUGCCACAUUCUUACGACAAUAAUAUUUGUAACCAUCCAAGGAAUAACAUAAUAUCAUCAAAUCCAUCAACUAAAGGACUCAAUAAACAAAAUAAUAAUUAUGAUAAGAAAAAAAUGGAUAAAGCCAACGUAAAGGUAAACCAUAAUAUAAACAAUAAUCGUGUAAUAAAUAAAGAAAAAUCUUCAAACACAUUUUUUUGUAAAUAUUGUAAUGUAAAUAUAGAAGAGGGGAAAUUAUCAGAUCAUAACAAAAAUGAACAUAUUAUAUGCCCUAUAGAUGAUUGUAAUAAGAUAUACAAUAUUGACGAUAUGGAGGUUCAUCUAUUAAAUCACAUGAAAAAUGAGAAAAAUGAAAUUAUUUUAAAUGAUGCUAAAGAAAUAGAAAAAUGGAUUAGUGAAAGGAAAAAAAACUAUCCUACAAGAAAUAAAAUUUUAAAUAAUAUGAAUAAAAAUGAAUCGAAAAAAAAAAACAAACCAAAAUGUUUAAUUGAAGAAUUAUUAUUUGAACGAUAUUGUUCAGCUAUAGGAAAGAAUUUAUAUCAUAAAAAUGAAUCUGAGAAAUCAAUUUUCGUUCCUUUAUUAAGCAAAUUGUCUGAUAAGAACUAUCCAAAUAUCUAUGAAAAUUCGUAUUAUAACAUUUCUUCAUCAAAUAAUCAUUCGGAUAUACAAAAAAAAAGAAAUAAAAAUCCCAAAGGAAAAGAAAUAAUUGAUACAUUAAAUAUUCAUAAAAGAACACCAUUAAUAUAUCAGUUAAUGAAAAAUGAUAUUUAUACAUAUGAGAAGAAAUUAAUUAAAUCUAUUGAAUAUAUAACAAAAAAUAAAUUCUUUGAUGAUUCAUUCAAUAAAAAAAAGAAACAUAUUGAAGAAUUAUAA